GAAAAGAUAAUUCUUGAAACUUUUGAGUUCUUGUGGAGGUAAUCAAAUCAUGAUGAUGGGAAAAGAAGAUCUGGGUUUGAGCCUAAGCUUAGGGUUUUCACAAAACAACAAUCCUCUUCAGCUGAAUCUGAAUCCUAACUCUUCAUUAUCAAACAAUCUCCAGAGAUACCCAUGGAACCAAACAUUCGGUCCUACAUCAGAUCUUCGCAAAAUAGACGUGAAUCGUUUUCCAUCAACGACUAACUGCGAGGAAGAAACAGGAGUUUCGUCUCCAAACAGUACGAUCUCAAGCACCAUUAGCGGGAAGAGGAGUGAGAGAGAAGGAAUCUCCGGCACAGGCGUUGGCUCCGGCGACGAUCACGAUGAGAUCACUCCGGAUCGAGGGUACUCACGUGGAACCUCCGACGAAGAAGAAGACGGCGGCGAAACGUCGAGGAAGAAGCUUAGGUUAUCAAAAGAUCAGUCUGCUUUUCUCGAAGAGACAUUCAAAGAACACAACACUCUCAAUCCCAAACAGAAGCUAGCUCUGGCUAAGAAGCUGAACUUGACGGCAAGACAAGUGGAAGUGUGGUUCCAAAACAGAAGAGCUAGAACCAAGUUAAAGCAAACGGAGGUAGAUUGCGAGUACUUGAAACGGUGCGUAGAGAAGCUAACGGAAGAGAAUCGGAGACUUCAGAAAGAGGCUAUGGAGCUUCGAACUCUCAAGCUGUCUCCACAAUUCUACGGCCAAAUGACUCCACCCACAACACUCAUCAUGUGUCCUUCGUGCGAGCGUGUGGCUGGCCCAUCAUCAUCGAACCAUCACCAUAAUCACAGGCCCGUUUCGAUGAACGCGUGGGUUGCUUGUGCUGGUCAAGUUGGUCAUGGGCUGAAUUUUGAAGCCUUGCGUCCACGAUCGGUCAUUGUAAUUUUGGAUGAUUGGCCUUCUCAUGAACUAGUCCUAUCUUUACGGUUUUCCACAACUGUCUCAGCCGCCGAGAGACUAUACGGCCAGCUUCAAGGAUGCACAAGCAAUCUCGAGAAGGAUUUAGCCUCAGCUAAUGUAACUUUGGACUCCACUUGUAUCAACGAGGUAAUAAGAAGAUGCGAUCCAAAUCAAUUUCAGUUGGGUCUUAGGUUUUUCAUAUGGGCAGGAACUCAAACCAGCCAUAGACACAGUCCUUACAUGUAUACCAAAGCUUGCGACUUUCUUAAGAUUAGAGCAAACCCAGAUUUGAUCAAAGACGUUGUUGAAGCUUAUAAGAAAGAAGAAUGCUUUGUUAGUGUUAAGACGAUGCGGAUUGUUUUGACUCUGUGUAAUCAAGCGAAACUCGCUGAUGAGGCAUUGUGGGUAUUAAGGAAGUUUCCUGAAUUUGGUUUAUGUGCAGACACUGUUGCGUAUAAUUUGGUGAUUAGGUUGUUUGCUGAUAAAGGAGAUUUGAGUAUGGCUGAUAUGUUGAUGAAGGAGAUGGACUGUGUUGGUCUUUAUCCAGAUGUGAUUACUUAUACGUCGAUGAUCAAUGGGUAUUGCAAUGCGGGUAAGAUUGAUGAAGCUUGGAGGUUAGCUAAGGAGAUGAGUAAGCAUGAUUGUGUGCUUAACACUGUGACGUAUUCGAGGAUUCUAGAAGGAGUUUGUAAGUCUGGUGAUAUGGAGAGAGCGUUAGAGUUGUUGGCGGAAAUGGAGAAAGAAGACGGUGGUGGAUUGAUUAGUCCGAAUGCGGUUACUUAUACUUUGGUAAUUCAAGCGUUUUGUGAGAAGAAGCGGAUUAGAGAGGCGUUGUUGGUAUUGGAUAGAAUGGGGGAUCGAGGUUGCACCCCGAAUCGCGUUACUGCUAGUGUUUUGAUUCAGGGGGUUUUGGAGAAUGAUGAGGAUGUUAAGGAUCUUUCUAAGUUGAUUGAUAAGUUGGUGAAACUCGGCGGUGUUUCUCUUUCUGAAUGUUUUAGUUCAGCUACUGUGUCGCUAAUCCGUAUGAAAAGAUGGGAAGAGGCGGAAAAGAUUUUCCGUCUGAUGUUGGUUCGUGGGAUCAGACCUGAUGGUCUUGCGUGCAGUCAUGUUUUUAGGGAGUUAUGUUUGUCGGAAAGGUAUCUCGAUUGUUUCGUUCUGUAUCAAGAAAUCGAGAAGGAGGAUGUGAAAUCAACGAUGGACUCGGAUAUAUAUGCGGUUCUUUUGCUUGGUCUCUGCCAACAGGGAAAUUCUUGGGAAGCUGCUAAGCUUGCGAAAUCAAUGCUUGAUAAGAAAAUGAGAUUGAAAGUUUCUCAUGUUGAGAAAAUCAUUGAAGCCUUGAAGAAAACUGGUGAUGAAGAUCUCAUGAGUCGUUUCUCUACUGAUUAAUUCAAUUAUUCAGAUAGGUAUGU